UCUACUCAUUUUUAUGUCGUGGAUUUCACUUGAAUUUGCCUUUCAAAUGAUAGUCCCUGUUUUGACUUCAAUGUUCGUGCACCUUGCCAAAAAUCAUUUCGGAAGCGAAUUACUUUUGGACGACAUUCAAGCAUCCUGUUACAAAAUUCUUGACAGCCUUUACUUAGUUAAUGGGCUUUCGAUAGCUUAUUCACAACGACGUUCAAUUCAAAUUGAAGUAGAAAGACACCGCGCAGCUUUGGGUCAAUGCCUUGGUGCAUUUGCUGCUACUUUUCCUGUAGCAUUUUUGGAAAAUGAAUUCAAUUCCUCAAAUAAAUUGUCGGUGCUGGCUAAAAGUAGAGAGCAAUCUGUUCAAGUUCAAGAAAUGCUUCAAAAUCUUUCACAACAUAUUCCACAAUUAGAUAAAAUCCUUCUUGACAUUGAACAAACUGCUGAGAAAGGUGUUCUCUACAUUGAUUCUCCAAAUACAUUUGAUGUUGAUCUGCCUCUAAUCUGUUCAUAUCUAGCAUAUUGGUGGCAGUUUGGCCCAGAAGGUCCUAAUCGACCCUCACUUCCAAUAACUCAAGUCAGCAGUGAACACAUAAACCGUUUCUUUUGUUCACUUCUCCGAUUGAUGCGUGAUCAUAUUGGAAGAGAAAUUGCUCCGUGGCUCUGUCGUGCACAUUCCUCAGCUGUUCCUUUAAUUCAAUUUGUUAGUUGUGAUCCAGUUAAAGAUUAUUUGUUGCCUGUUGCUGAACAUUUGAGAAAUAUGGCAGAGAAGGCAUAUACUGAAGAGGAAAGAAUGAGAACACAUCCUGAUGAAGCUGAUGAUGCGGCUGUGGCUGAGGAUAAUGCUCGUCUUGUCAGAGAUGUCUAUGCCUUUUUCCCGAUAUUAAUGAAAUAUACUGAUUUACAUCGUGCUAAAUGGUUAAAGACUCCCUCGUGGGAAAGUGAUGGAAUUUAUGAAAAUGUUGCCGUUAUCUUUAGGAUAUGGUCCUUAAGUCAGCAUUUCAAAAGAGAGGAGCUUAACUAUAUGGCUCAAUUUGAGGAUAAUGAUACAGAAGAUGGAGGAGGUGCUGGAGGAGAAAUGAAGACUGGUAAAGCAGCAAUUGCUGAAAGAAAGAAAAGACGCCGUGAAGGGCAAGUUCGUCGUAAUAAACAUGCAAAUAGCAUAGUAAUUGCUUGCCUUAAACGGCUUCUUCCUGUUGGAUUAAAUGUUUUUGGUGGAAGGGAAUUGGAUAUUGUCCAACAGAGCAAGGAACGCUUUCUGGCAAAAGAAAAUGAGGAUAAAGUUAGAGAAUUUAUUAAAGGACGUCUUCUACUUCCUGUGCGUACCGAUCCAACAGACAAGAAUGCCUGGCAAUUAAAUUUAUAUCGAAAAAUUGGAAAAUCGCAAAUGCGUAGCAAAGAAGAAAUGAGUCAUGAGGCGGUUGUUGACAAAAUUGUAAAAAUGGGGCAAGUAGUUGCGAUACUACACACGACCGAACAUCCUCAAUCUUUUAAACCUUCUGAAUGGAAGAAAAUGGUCAGCAAUCAAAGAAAACGUGCCGUAGUUGCUUGUUUUCGGAUGAUUCCAGUCUACAGUAUUCCAAGGCAUCGUGGUAUCAAUUUAUUUCUGCCUGUGUUCAGUCAAAAAUGGUUAGCGGAUGAAGACGUUGACCAAGAUAGAUUAGUUGCCGAUGUUUGUGCUACUAAUACACCUGGAGUAGCAUCUACUACGAUACGAUCUAUUGAAUCGGCUUCACCAGUUGUUGCACAUCUUGUAGAAGAUGAGACUGGCCUUCUCAAAAUUGAAGAGGGACAAAACGAAAAGCAAAGUAACACAAAUCCUGAUGCUCUGAGUCAGCUCAUUCAAUGCUUUCAAAGAGCAGCCACUAGUGAGGAGAGUGGAAAUCAAUCUUUUAGCACUGCGGAUGACAAAUUAUUCAUUCGCUAUGCUAAAGUUAUGUGCCGUUCUGUCCAUAUUGACAAAGAAGACGAGGAUGGAGGUGGAGGUGAGAACGAUAAAGAAGUCGAUCAGGCUGAAAAAGAAGAAAUGGUUCAAGCACUUCGUGUCGAACAAGCAGUUCUUGCAAAUAGGGGCGCAGCAAUUAUGUGCUUAAUGUAUCUAAGUGCCGCAAAUGGAGAACCGAAUGAAAUGGUGGCUGAAACUCUGCAAUUGGGCAUUCAUUUGUUAAGUGGAGGAAACAAGGAUAUUCAAAAGAUGAUGCUAAAUUAUUUACAAACAGUAAAAGAUGUCCGUUUCUUCAUUUCUCUAUCGGGAUUAAUGUGUAAAUGUAGUGUUUUAAAUUUGGAAAUGUUUGAACGUCAAAUAAAAGCUGAAGGUUUGGGAAUGGGGGCAGAAUUAGCUGCUGGUGAACAUCAAAAUUUAAAUGAUGCUGACUUUACUUGUUCUUUAUUUCGAUUUUUACAAUUAACAUGUGAAGGCCAUAAUUUAGAUUUUCAAAAUUAUUUGAGAACCCAAUCUGGACAUACUACAAGUGUUAAUUUAAUUAAUUCUACAGUUGACUAUUUACUUAGACUACAAGAAUCUGUUAUGGACUUUUAUUGGCACUAUAGUUCUAAAGAAGUAAUUGAUGAAGGAGGAAAAGAAUAUUUUCUUAGAGCCAUUCAAGUAUGCAGUCAGGUAUUUAAUACACUCACCGAAAGUAUUCAAGGUCCCUGUGUUGGUAAUCAAAUGACUUUAGCUAAUUCUCGACUUUGGGAUGCCAUAAAUGGAUUCUUCUUUCUAUUUGCUCAUAUGAUGGAAAAAUUAUACAAAAAUAGUACACAAUUAGAAUUGUUGAGAGAAUUUCUGAAUUUACAAAAAGAUAUGAUUGUUUUGAUGCUUUCAAUGCUUGAAGGGAAUGUACUUAAUGGGCCAAUUGGAAAGCAAAUGGUUGAUGCUUUAGUUGAAAGCCAACAAUGCAUUGAAAUGAUUAUCAAAUUUUCUGAUAUGUUUCUCAAAUUAAAAGACUUAACAACAUCACAAGCUUUUCAAGAUUUUGAUACUAAUCAUGAUGGAUGGAUCUCACCAAAAGAAUUUCAGAGAGCAAUGGAGGCUCAGAAAAUGUAUUCGAUUGAGGAAAUUACUUAUUUAAUGAUGUGCACUGAUGUAAAUAAUGAUGGAAAAGUUGAUUAUAUGGAGUUUACUGAAAGAUUUCACAAUCCUGCCAGAGAUAUUGGGUUUAAUCUUGCUGUUCUCCUUACCAAUUUAAAAGAACAUAUAACAAAUGAUCCUCGACUUGAAAAAAUUGUCGAAAAGGCAGCCUCUCUCCUCGAAUAUUUUGAUCCAUUCCUUGGCCGUAUAGAAAUUAUGGGAUCUGCCAAACGAGUGGAAAAAAUUUAUUUUGAAAUACAAGAAAGUUGGCUUGAACAAUGGGGAAAGCAACAGAUUCGUGACUCUAAAAAUGCUUUUCUCUUUAAUGUUCUUCAGGAUGAUGGCGGUGAUCAGGGGAAAUUAGAAGCGUUUAUUAAUUUUUGUGAAGAUACCAUUUUUGAGAUGCAACAUGCCGCUGAGAUUAGUUCUUCUGAAGGAACUGACUCAAAAUUAGAACGGGCUAUGCGGCAACGCGACUAUUUUCUCCAACAAACAACUGCUGGUGAACAUAUAUCCAAUACAUUAAGAGCUGGAUAUAAAUGUGGAUUAUCUGCUUUUACUUUUUUAAAACCUGAAAAUAUUCAAAAAGAAUUGAAAAAGGCAGCAAAGAAAUUUAGGUCAAUGACGUGGGGACAAGUCUUCAAAUCUUUGGUUCGCCUCGGCUUCUCCCUUACCCGUUCCUUAGUUAUGUUUAUUAUUUUUUUGCUUAUGACUGUUUUUCGAUUUGUUGUUAACCUAAUGAGCGAUCAUGAAGAUAUACCCCCCGGCCAUGAGGAUGCUGAAAAAUUGGAGGCAUCAACACACGCCGGCAAAUUUGGCGCUCAUCUUCAUCCGACAACUGCUCCAUCAACUCCAACCUUAUUAAGGGACUAUACUAAAACUUCAACCUUGCAUGAUGUUGAUGCUUUCGGCAUUCAUAUACACCAUACAGACAGUCGGGGUCACAGUCCUGCUACGGCAGCUCAAAGCCGUCAAGGUUCUCCACAAAAACAACCUCCACCUAAUGGACCUUCAACAAUUGGAAGGCAUCAAAAACCAGCAGAUGAAGAAAACAAAAAACAAUAUUCUGAAGAACCUGCCGAUAAAAGAAAAACAAGUACUGGAAGCCAAAAAGUGAGAAUUUCCCCUUCAAGUAAUGAAAAUGAAGGAAGAAAUGGAAAUCGACCAUCAUUGGAUAGCACUAUACCUCAAAUGCAUAGACCUAGUAUUUAUGAUUUCCAAUCAUUAUUUGGUGGUGGGGGUUCUGCUUAUUUUACUGAACUUCAACAGCAACAACAACAAUUAUUGGCACAACAACAACAUCAACAACAAUUGGCAUUUUACGAGCCUAAAAUAGCUGAACAAUUUAAUUCUCGUCGUUCACGUUCUUCUCUUUUAAAUAUUUUGGCAAGAAAUUAUAAAACUGUUGAAAAGAUUACUCUUUGUUUGGCAUUCUUUAUUAAUGUUAUUUUACUUUUCCAUCGAGUUGAUAUUGUCAGUAGUAAUGAAAAGAAGGAUAACAUUGCACAAAUUGAAGCAUUACACAAAGGAAAGGGAGAAGAUGAUGAUAAUGAUGAAGAUGAAGAAGGAAAUGUUUUGGAAACCAUUUAUAUUACUGGAAUGACUCUUCCUUAUAUUAGCUACGAGAUUACUGGUUGGAUUCUAUCGCAGUUUCUUUAUUGGUUAAGUGUUUUGCAUGCAGUUGCUUCUGUAGCCCUUCUCGUUUCCUUCUAUCAACUUAAAAUUCCUUUAAUUACUUUUAAACGAGAAAAGGAAGUAGCUAGGAAAUUAAUGUUUGAUGGUUAUUGGAUUACUGAAGAUGAAUCUGGAAAUGAUGAAAGGGGAAUUAUUGAUACACUUUUUUGUUCAAAAUCCUUUCCAAUGAAAUAUUGGGAUAAAUUUGUUAGAAGAAAAACAAAACAAAAAUAUAGAGAACAAGUAGAUGAAGAGACCUUAGAUUUGUUGUUAGGGACUGAAAGAAGUCCUGGCGACACAUCUUUUGAUUAUCGUUAUUCUUGUUGGCUCUGGACGGGUGUAAUUUUAACAAAUAGGCAAUUUCUUUAUCGAGUUUGCUAUUUACUUUGUUCUGUUCUCGGUGUUUUUAUUUCUCCAUUUUUCUACGCCUUUUUAUUAAUUGACGUUGUUCUUUCAUUUCCUAUGCUCAAAGCAAUUCUUCAAUCUGUUACACACAAUUUACAACAAUUAAUUUUGACAAUUAUGAUGACUUUAGUUGUUGUUUAUUUAUAUACUGUUGUUGCUUUUAAUUUCUUUAGAAAAUUUUAUGUUCAGGAAGAAGAUGGAGGUGAACCUGAUAGAAAAUGUCAUUUUAUGCUUACUUGUUUUAUUUAUCAUUUUUACGCUGGUGUUCGUGCUGGGGGUGGAAUUGGGGAUGAAUUAGAGUCUCCCUAUGGAGAUGAAUUAGAAUAUGCCAGAAUGCUUUAUGAUAUUUCUUUUUUCUUUUUUGUUAUUAUUAUUCUUUUGGCUAUUAUGCAAGGUCUCAUAAUUGACGCAUUCGGCGAACUUCGUGACCAACAAGAAUCUGCUACAGAAAAAUUAGAAUCUUCUUGUUUUGUUUGUGAUAUAGGAAAGGAAACAUUUGAUAGAUUGCCUCGCGGUUUUGAUAAUCAUACCAAAAAAGAGCACAAUUUUGCUAAUUAUUUGUUUUUCCUCCAACAUUUGGUUAAUAAAGACGAAACUGAAUAUACGGGGCAAGAAACUUAUGUACGUGAAAAAUAUGAUAAUCGAGAUUGGGAGUUCUUCCCUGUUGGGGAGUGCUUUAUGAAACAAUAUGAGGAUCAGUUGAUUCAAUCUUCAUAG